GUCUCAAAUGUUUCUUUCUUCAGGUUCAUCCAUGUUAUUGUAUAACAUGUAUAAAAGCUGUGAACCACCGAGCGCCACUCACAGUGACUCGCGAUGGGGCGAGUGAACGUGUGGCUGAAGAGGAGUUACGUUAUCACGUCAAGUCUGAUCGCGAUCAUCAGCACCCUGCUGUUAGGCUUGACUGUGUUUAGCCAUGGAGCCCUCCACAAGGAUGAAGAGAUAGAAGAAAUGCUAACAGGCCUACAUGGCAUGUACGCUGUUUCCCUCAUUCCUCUGCUCUUGAGUAUCAUCGGUUUGUAUGGCGUCUGCAAACAGAAGAAAUGGGCGCUCAUUGUGUUUGCGGUGGGAUUUAUCGUGGGCAUCCUGUUCCUGACUUUUUGCGGUAUUCAAGCACUGGUCGAGCUCCCUGAGAUGGCUGAACAUGUAGAAACAAAAUUCCAGAGUUAUGUGCCAUUGUCUGACGCAAAUGAUCGUAUUUCAAACGCAAUUAAUGAAUUCCAGACGCAAUAUCAGUGUUGUGGGCUAGGUCAGGGCUACCGUGACUGGGGCCAACAGUUUCCAAAUUCCUGCCUGUGCACUGAAGAGUCCACUAGUCCAUGUGAGUUAGCACCUUGGAGUGGCAGUCUAACGCUGAGAGGCACUGUCAAGCCCAUAAGGAUUUAUAAAGAGUCGUGCCUUCCACAUCUGAUCGCUUAUCAUGCAGUUGCAAUGAAUUAUUUGUUGGGCAUGGCGCUGGGAAUCGCAUUACUCUGGCUAUUGCCAGUGGUGCUGUGUAUCCUGAUCUUGUGCCGGCUUAAUCAGAAAGAGAAAACCCAGACAGUGGUCUACAGUCCAGAGGCAAUGUCAGGAAACUACAUCACUCUCUUAGACGCUGCAGACACAACCUGAGUUUGAUUUUCAGGCUGCUUUUCAUGUCAGCAAAUUUUGCCAUGAAGGUUUUGGGACCCAUUGGAAACGAUGGGAUUGGGACACAAUGUGGAGCAUACUCAGAUACAGCAAGUUCCCUCAACAAAGUUAACUGAGUGGAACUUUAUGUCUUCAUAAUUUCUAUUGGUUGUUUGUUUUUCAAGCAUUGAAACCUUGAUUUCAGUCAUCUCUGACGACACCUGCUUUUAUUCUCCGCACCAAUGAAUGUGUACUUUGGAGAAGAGGUAAAGGUAUGCACUAAUACAGACAAAUGUUUACUAUUUGAAUGUGUAAAAGCUUUAAUAAAAAUGUAUGAUUGCC